AUGUUGUGGUUUCGUGACUGGAAGGCCAUUGCCCUGGUGGCAUCGUGUUGGACGUCGACGAGUGAUGCCAUCACAUACUCGCCAUUGAAGCCGCCAUCAUAUCCAUUGGCGGUCCGGAGUCCAUACUUGUCUGCGUGGAUCCCCGGCAAUGAAGUCGCGUCACUCUCAUCCAACAACGCGCAAUUUUGGGCUGGCAACAAACUGAUCUGGUCCGUCAUUGCUCGAGUUGAUGGAGUCGCGUACAACUUGUUUGGUGUGGCCAAACCUCCCAGUGGCACACAGUCAGCCACUGUCACCGAAGCGACAUAUACCUCCACUCAUUCCACCUUCACCGUGACGACAGGAUCGCGCGAAUUCAUACUCGAUUUCUUCUCGCCGGUAUCGCCCAAGAAUUAUCUGCGACAAUCGCUGCCCUUUUCCUAUCUCACGGUGACCCUUGCUGCCGGUGACUCGACAUCGGUGCAGAUCUACUCGGAUAUCGACUCGAGCUGGACCGGCCAGACCAGCGACUCCAGCUGGAGCUACUCCACCAGUGGAUCGACGGGUGUCUUUCAGAUCGAGUCGGUCGGCGCGGCCACCUACUCGCAGAAUAGCGAUGGCCAAGCUCUGUGGGGCAGCGCCGUCUACGCCACCCGUCCCUCCAACUCCUCCUCGCUCUCCACUGCCUCUGGCCCGUCCCUGAGCGUACGGGAGACGUUUGUAAACAAUGGAAAUCUCACGGGCGACCACGCUGACUGGAGUUCUACGGGGGUCGUCGCACUUGCGCAUGACUUGGGAACGACUGCAGAUGAGUCGGCGGUGACCUUUGCGAUCGGUCACGUGCGGGAGGAGUCAAUAAACUUUUUGGGCGCUGCGCAAACGGGUUACUAUCGUGCCACUUAUGCCGACACGGUGGAGGCUGUUGUGCACUUCUUGGAUGACUAUGACGGUGCCAAAGCCGAGUCAGCUCAGUUCGAUAAACUGAUCCAGGAUACGGGUACUUCCAGCUAUGGAACCAACUACUCGGACAUUUUGGCGCUAUCGGUGCGUCAAGUCUACGGGGGAAUCGAGGUGACCAUUCCCAAUGACUCGCUGGAUACGAGUGAAACGCGCGCCUUUAUCAAGGAGAUAUCUAGCGAUGGGAACAUCAACACGGUCGAUGUGAUUUAUGCGACGUUCCCGAUAUUCUACGUGUUGAGUCCGGAGAUUAUCAAGCUGCUCAUUGGCCCCGUGUUCGAGUACAUGGGCUCGAGUGCUUAUACCAAGUCGUACGCUGUGCAUGAGAUUGGUGCCAACUACCCCAAUGCCACAGGCCAUCCGUCCGAUGGCGAGGAGAUGCCGAUCGAAGAGAGCGGUAACGUGAUUUUCCUCACUUACGCCUACCAGGCGGCCACGGGCAAUACCGACCUGGCCACCACGUACUCUGCUCAGUUGAAGCAAUACGCCGACUAUCUCUAUGAGAAUGGACUUUACCCUGCGUCGCAGCUCUCCCUGAAUGACGCGCUUGGUGAAUUGGAAAAUCAGACCAAUCUGGCCGUCAAGGCCGCCGUGGGUCUGGCUACUUAUGGUGCCCUGUCUGGCGAAAGUAACUACACUACUGCUGGCAAGGAAUUUGCGGACAAGAUUUGGACGGAUCGUCUGGGCACGGAUGCCGAUGGCACCCACUUCUUGAUCCAGUAUGGAACCAACCCAUGGUUCCUCGUUUAUAAUCACUAUCCAGACCUGCUAUUCAGCCUGAACGCCUUCCCCAACGAGGCAUACAAUGCCACUGCCGAGUUCUACCCAACCGUGCGAAGCGCGGCUGGUGUGCCCCUAGACGGGUCGAUCGGCUGGGGUCAAACGAACUGGCAGUCCUUUGUCGCUGCCACUGUGAGUGGUGACACUCGGGAUAUUCUCAUUAGUGACUUACACACUUACAUAUCUAAUGGUCUGAAUUCGGCGCCCUUCUGCGACCGAUAUUGGGUCGAGGAUAGUGGUAGCUAUGUGGCGGGUCAAGAAUACUCGUUCCGCGCGCGGCCCACGCUGGGUAGUCAUUUUGCGUUGGCGGCCUUAUCCGGCGCUAAUAUUUGGUCUUGA